CCGCAAAGAAGCGCACCCCUGAGCAUCCUCAGGUUGCCGGGCUGGGAGUUCAGUUCAGGGGGGCACCAAGGUUAGAAAAGCCGUGACUGUUUGCAGAACCGAAAGCCGGGUCUCAGAAUACUUGGAGUGCAAGAUAAAGUGGCCCUGUGAAUAGGAAUGCCUGCCCAAAUACCAGAACUGGAGAUCAUGGAUGAAGAUAAAAUAAUUAAAGAAGUCUUGGAUAAGUUUGUUAAUUGUCAUGAGCAAACAUAUGAAGAAUUUCUGAGCACCUUUACUCAUCUUUCAAAAGAGGAUAAAGUGACCCAAAGAGGCUUAUUUGGAACCAGAUCUUCAGAAGACAUAUUUAUUUCAGUACAAUUUACUCAUGAAAAUGAAUCAAAUGAUCACCGCCUUAGGAGUAAAGCCAUCUUUCUUCGUAAUUCAUCACAGUCUUCAGAAGAGGAGCAGAUGGUGCUGGAUGAAGGCCAACAAGUUGGCAGUUCCUUUCAAGGUGAUCUGAAUUGGGCAGGAAAGCUGAAGGUAGAUAAUUUCCUAGAAGUGGAAGAUUUGGACAUGGAUGAAGAGAUUAAGCCCCAAAUGAGCAAGGAUUUGCCGCUGCUGCCCGGGGAAGUGGAGGACGUAAGCACCCACAUUCCUUCUGGCAUUCCUUCCGCAGCUGACAUUCUUCCUGCAGCCCAGCCUCUGACCCCUGCAGUCAACCCAAGGCGCAUGGUGGAAGGAGCGGCUGCGCUAAAGGACGAGAUACUCGGGGAUGAAGUUCAGCCCUUCAGACUUGAUGAAGAAUUUGAUUAUGACACUGUGAUGCUAACCCCCAAGUUCACUCCUGCAGAGGUAGAAGCCAUCAAAGAACAACUAUCCAAGCACAAGCGAGAGAACACCAACGCAGACUUGCAGGAACCCUGUGACUGAUUCACCAAAAUUUCUUCCUGUUUACACUUAUUUUGUUCUUAUUCAAGCAAAAAUAGAAUAAAUGAUAAACCUAC